UUAUUGUCAAAUCAAUGUUAAGUUUUAUUUAGUUAUUUACUAAAUACAUUGUUAUAUUUCUUUGAACGAGGUUUACUUACUCUUGAUAAGGAUAAAAGCAACAAAAGAUUUGAAUAUUUCACUCUUCUGAUAACUGUUAAGACGUGUAAUGGAAAAUAAUGGGUUGAGUGUUCGAGAGGAAGGGUCUAAUGAGAGAGUUAGUGGGUCCGAAAGGAGGGGUGGUGGUAGUUCUGAGAACGAUGAAGAUUCAGAUGAAGAGGAGCAACAGUUUGAUAUUUCUCUCGCCGCCUCACAUUCUUAUAUGGGCAAUGGACUUGUCCAAGUAAGCGGGCGAUCAGUUCUGGAGGCCGGCUGGACGGGGCGCGUGCCCGUGAUCGCGCACCACGGCGCCGUUUUCCCGGGCGAAACAGUACCCAUGCUGCUGACCAACGAACGCGAUGCAGCUGUCAUCAGCCGGGCCAUUCAACAUGACAAAUUGUUUGGUCUACUGUGUCCAGACGAGACUGGCACGCUGGUAUGUGGCUACGGCGUGCUGUGCGAGGUGUUCGAGGCGGACGCGGGGGUGGGGGAGAGGGAGGGCGAGGGGCCUCGCUCGCUGUCUUUCAAAGCGCGCGCCACGCAUCGCUUCCGCUGCGUGCCCAAGCAGCCGGCGCCGAUACACGUGUUCAGCAGGAUGCGCGUGGUGGAGGUGUGCGUGCUGCCCGAGGUGCGGCUGGGCGACCCGCUGGCGCCCGCGCGCCUGGCCAGCCUGGACGCGCUGCGCCGCGCGCGCACGCCGCUCGACGCGCGCCUGCGCAGCAUGGACGCCGCCGUCACGCCCUGGCCGCUGUUCGUGUACGACAUCUUCGACUACCGCCGCAUGCGCCAGAUCAUCGAGGACUACUUCCGGAGCCUGUCGCUAGAGAACCUGCCCGAGGAGGCCGUGUCGCUGUCGUUCUGGACGGCGUCCAACCUGGCGCUGUCGGCGCGCGACCGCCUGGCGCUGUUCGCGGUGGACGACACGCUGCUGCGCCUGCACAUGGAGGUGCGGCUCAUCGCGCGGGUGAGCACUCGGCGGCGCCGCCACGCGGGUCCGCCGGCCGCCGCUAAACGGCAUUUCUCUUUUCAGAAAAGUGUGCUGUGCUGUUCCUCGUGCGCGGUCGAGAUCGCCCGCCGGGAGCACAUAUUCGCCAUGUCCAGCGAGGGCGUGCAUUCUAAUUACACCAAUAUAGGCGGCUACAUGCACGACAUAGUGACGGUGUCGUGCGCCUCCAACACGGAGCUGAGCGGGGCUCCGUCGGCGGAGUUCUCGUGGUUCCCGGGCUACACGUGGACCAUCGCGCUGUGUGCGGCGUGCCUGGCGCACGUGGGCUGGAGGUUCGACGCGCAGCGGCGCGGCCUGCGCCCGCAGCAGUUCUACGGGCUGUGCCGCAACUACGUGCAGCCGCGCAGCGACGAGCACUCGCCGCCCGCGCGGCCCGGCCGCUCGCUGUCGGCCGAGCUGCGCGCCGCGCGCCGCGCGCUGUCCGAGCUCGACCACCGCGAGCGCCGCGACCGCCCCCCCUCUUAGCGCCGCGGCCGCCCCCCCUCCUAGCGCCGCGGCCGCCCCCCCUCCUAGCGCCGCGGCCGCACCCCCUCCUAGCGCCGCGGCCGCCCCCCCUCCUAGCGCCGCGGCCGCCCCCCCUCCUAGCGGCGCGGCCGCCCCCCCUCCUAGCGCCGCGGCCGCCCCCCCCCCUAGCGCCGCGGCCGCCCCCCCUCCUAGCGCCGCGGCCGCCCCCCCUCCUAGCGCCGCGGCCGCCCCCCCUCCUAGCGCCGCGGCCGCCCCCCCUCCUAGUGGCGCGGCCGCCCCCCCUCCUAGUGCCGCGGCCGCCCCCCCUCCUAGCGGCGCGGCCGCCCCCCCUCCUAGCGCCGCGGCCAAUCAAAAUUGUCUUGGAACACCAUUCCUGCCUGCAUUAUUGAAGGUGGUCUGGAUCACAUGUCUGGAUGGACACUCGCUGCGCGUUAUCCACAAUGUCACCAGAUAUGAUAUAGAGCACCACCGCCGCACCAUCGAUAUGUACUCCCAAAUUACAAUAUUCGGACGGAAUGUUUACAAAUUCGCAUGGCAAAAAUUAAAACAACACGACGUCACACCACCGUAACUUAUGACGAGGGACUCGCGUCCUAGACACCAGAGUCCGGGACGCGCUAACUGCACUAGUGUUGGCGCGAGUGCGGCGGCCGAGGCGAGGGCCGUGCGCAGUCAAAGGAAUCCGACAGAGCCUCGCGUCUUUAUAGUAAUUGUACUGUGUUUGUGUUUUAUAAUACUAGUAAUAAGCUGUAUUUAUUGAAUGAAUCAUUAGAGUACUAUGUAAAAAAAUAUAUAAAGGUGUCACAGACUUCUAUUCCAUUUAGCCACCAAACACAUUUUUUUUUCGAGACACUGAAAAAAAUCGCCAAGUAUAUAUAUAUGUAUAGUGCAAUAAUUUAUCUCAUUUUUUAAAAUAUCUUAAAUUGUAAGCCUACUAAAAUAUUUGCUUGGUAGAAGAGAGGUUCUACAUUAUAGACAUAAAAUAUUAAUGGUUUUUUACAAUUUUAAUAAUGUUUUCUAAUGGAAAUGUUUGAGCAAUGAUUCAAUGAUUAAAGGGUAAUAAUUGGAAUAGUAAUGUUUCAAUUUGGAGAGCUAUCGUAACGAACUCUCCUCAACGCUGCAGAGGAACUGACGAAAUCGUAUAAAAUCAAUAUUUUUAUGUUAUAUAUAGUUGUAUAGCGACGGCAAAACUAGCAAGUGUUGAAGAAUAUUUAAUAACAAUGUAGAAAAAAUAAAUUCCUAAGCAAUA